AUGGCGGAGUUUGUAUGGGUGGCCCGGGUGCACUGCGUCGAUGAUGUGGCAGAAUCGUCAGUUGACUGGGACUCAGGUACACAGACCUGCAACCGGUGGGCAUGGGUGCUUUUGGUCUUGUCUGGUACGUUUGGAUCUGGCUUUCUCGGCGAAGAGCUGGCGACGAGUUCUGUGCGGAGGACUGGGACUGACAGGGUGCAUUGGAAAAGCUCGGCGCGAGACCAAUUGACGGGCCAGCCGGUUGCAGUAAAGAAGAUCAUGAAACCAUUCAGCACUCCGGUGCUGUCGAAACGCACGUAUAGAGAGCUGAAGCUGCUCAAACACCUGAAACAUGAGAAUGUGAUCAGCUUAAGCGAUAUAUUUAUCUCUCCUCUGGAAGAUAUUUACUUUGUGACCGAACUUCUGGGAACAGAUCUGCACCGACUCCUCACGUCACGGCCGCUAGAGAAACAAUUCAUUCAAUACUUCCUCUAUCAAAUAUUACGAGGGUUGAAAUAUGUUCACUCGGCCGGUGUGGUGCAUCGUGAUCUCAAGCCCAGCAACAUCCUGAUCAACGAGAACUGUGACCUCAAGAUCUGCGACUUUGGUCUAGCACGCAUUCAAGAUCCUCAGAUGACCGGCUACGUCUCGACGAGAUACUACCGUGCCCCCGAAAUCAUGCUCACAUGGCAGAAGUACGACGUGGAGGUCGACAUUUGGAGUGCUGGAUGCAUAUUCGCAGAGAUGCUCGAUGGAAAACCGCUCUUCCCAGGAAAGGACCAUGUCAACCAAUUCUCCAUCAUUACGGAACUUCUUGGCACGCCACCAGAUGAUGUGAUCCAGACCAUUUGCAGUGAGAAUACCUUACGAUUCGUUCAAUCCUUGCCAAAGCGCGAGCGGCAACCAUUGGCCAACAAGUUCAAGAACGCGGAUCCUGCAGCCGUCGAUCUCCUCGAGAAGAUGCUCGUUUUCGACCCAAAGAAGCGAAUCCGGGCUGGCGAUGCCCUCGCCCACGAGUACCUGGCACCUUAUCAUGAUCCGACCGAUGAACCAGAGGCGGAGGAGAAGUUUGACUGGUCUUUUAACGAUGCGGAUCUACCAGUGGAUACCUGGAAAAUUAUGAUGUACUCGGAAAUCUUGGAUUACCAUAAUAUCGAUCAAAGCGUCACGUCCUUGGACGAGGUCCAAGGCCCUGCACCCCCUCCUUCUUAG